UCCUGGCGGGUUCUCUGCAGACAUCAGACUCAGCUUUCCGCGACAGGUGCACCAUGGACAGGAAGGAGAUGUUACUGGAGCUCACAGGCGGCCUGGACCUCUUCUCUGCUUUUCUUCCACCUCUGUUCUCUCCCUGUGAGACAGAUGCCCCACUUCUCCCUUCUUUCUCUGUUACAUCAAAGGUUCCAGGCCUCACGUCCCUACGUUACAAGACGGAGCUCUGUACAAGAUAUGCAGAAAGUGGGUUCUGUGCCUAUAAAAGCCGCUGCCAAUUUGCCCAUGGUUUGAGUGAACUAAGACCUCUUCUCCAGCACCCUAAAUACAAGACAGAGCUAUGCCGAUCCUUUCACGUCCUUGGGACCUGCAAUUAUGGCUUGCGUUGCCUUUUUAUUCACAACCUUCAGGAACGGAGGGAACCUCUUGUCUCCCCAACUGUCAGUCGUUUGCCACAACGUCGUCAUGUAGCUCCAUACAACAAGCAGCGCUGCCGCCUCUGGCGCUCACCUACUGGCUGCCCUUAUGGGGCUCGUUGCCACUUUCAGCACCCAAAGGGUGUCCAGGAGGCAUGCCGUCACUAUGCUGCUCUAGGUGACUGCCCCUAUGGAUCUCGCUGUUACUUCUCACACAACCAGCCUCCAGACCGUUGGGGCACCGGAGGCAAGAAAGGGAGUGACUGUCUAUCGCAUUCAGAUGCAGAUAGUGAACCUGGAACACCAUUGUUCUCAGACUCCUCUGCUAACAAUGCAUUUACAUUCUCAAGUCUCCUUCUGCCGCUUGCUCUACGUCUACAGAUACUAGGGGAGGAGGAAGACUUUAGUGGCCUUGGUGACCCAGUCCUCACAGAGGAUGAAAACUCACAAGGAACAGUGUCUGACUGAGCAGUUAACUCCUGCACAUUUCUUAUACAUGUCUAUGAAUUUUAAAUUUUACGAUGUUGAACCCUGAUUUUUGGAAGUUCUAAGGGUUUGAUAUAAAGCUCUUAACCUAAGCUCUUUAGCAGAAAGAAGCUAAAUUAUCUUUUUAACUACUGCCGAUAAGGCUCUUAUGUAAAUAAUUGUUUUAACUUAUUUCUUGUCUAACUGCAGACGUGUCUAAUAUUAGUGAUGUAGUUUGAUGGGAUUGUUUCAUAGAACAAGAUGUUUUUAUGU